AUGCUGGUCGAUAGAGACCUGUUGAAACGACACGCUGCCGGCCACAGUCACUCGCAAGACGGAAAACGAAAGCGCACCUCCUCUUACUCGAAGAACGGUCGCGUUUCGCAGGCUUGCAAGGCUUGUGCGACUUCUAAGCUCAAAUGCGACGAGGAGAAACCCUGUCGUCGGUGUCGCGACAGAAAGUUGUUUUGCGAUUACCAUGAUGUUGGUGUGAACGAUGCGCCGGAGUUUGCGGAGCAGCAGGGAUCCAAUGAUGAUCAACUUGAUGAGGAGUUCUCCCCAAUGGAGUCAUCGCAAGAUACAUUCUCACCUCUCAACCCCGACCUAACCGCCCAGCCGCUUGUCACACCCCACGCUCAGAUGGACACGUUUCUCCCGCCUGGACCAGACGAAGCCAUGCCAGACGCAUAUGACGGUACAGCUCGACCGCAGCCUGAUUUCACAACACAAACAGUGUCUCCGCUGGUAGACCACGAGAGCGGGGUGUUCAGCGUCGACGGGACAUUCUUCCCCGAGUUCAUUCCCGACUCUCUGGUCUCGCUAUCUCGACCCGGUGAGCUCGUAGACCCGUCCGCUUUCCCUCCAAACGACUACUACGCCCACCGCCUGUACGAUCAUAACCUGAAUUUCAACUUCGAUCUGACAGAGGUCGACUUCGGCUUGAUCGACUUCUACAACUCCAGAGGCUCGGCGAAUCCAGCCAUCCAGCCUGAUGACCCAAGCGAUCGGCUCGAUGCAGAUAGCGGGAUUGCGCUCGGCGCCGAGGCAUACCAGCGUUCUUCGCUUUCAGCAUGGCAACCCGCACACGAAGACCACGCCUUCGCAGACCAGGCCUAUCUAUCAGUUCCAAAGUCAAUCGAUAGCCCCGAGGCCAGUGUGCGCUCAGAACACCAGAUCCUGUCAGAGCGACUGUCCCCAGGAAGCCGGGAUUUGAUUUUCGGCAUGGUUUUGCAGACGAGUCUCAGGGCGAACUUGACGAGGAUUAUGAAGUCAUUUCCCAGCACAGAACUUCUUGAUAGUCUUAUCCAGGAUUACUUUGCAUAUCAGAGUCAGCAGGUUGACUCGUGGAUCCAUGGGCCGACGUUUCAUCCGAAUGAGCAGGGCCCGGAUAUGUUGGGUGUGCUGGCUGCGGCUGCGGCUGUGAGGUCGACUAUUCCGACGAUACGGAAGUUGGGAUAUGCGCUGACGGAGGUUGUGCGUGUGCAGUUGUCUCAGAAAUAUGAAACUGAUAAUAGGACCAUUCGCGAGCUGCGGGCCUCGCAGACGUACGUUUUGGUCAUUGACAUAGGGAUCUGGAGUGGAAGCGGCAGGCGCACGGAAAUUGCAGAAAGCUUCCAGCAGCCGAUUUUAACAAUGCUUCGCCGAGGACUGCGCUUUCGACGCUCUGUCUACUCGAAUAUAAUACCUACUGUUGAAGAUACACCUGAGAUGCUGGACCGGAAAUGGCGGGACUGGGCGGAGCAGGAGUCGUUCAAACGGCUGGUCCACCAUCUAUUUCUUCACGACGCACAGUCCGCGCUGAUGUUGAACAUUAACCCGCUAAUCUCAUAUGCGGACCUGGAACUUCCAUUCCCAAUGAUUCGACCGCUGUGGGAGGCGAAAUCUGCCACGGAAUGGAGAGACAUCUACCUUGCCACUGCGACGCCGGGACAGGAGCGGUUGCCAUCACUGGUUGAUACACUACGCGACAUGUCUCAAUGGAAGGGCCGGGUAGACUACCAGCUCUCCGGCUUUGUGAUCCUACACGGUCUAUCGGCGUUGAUAAACGAGUAUCACCGUCUAAAGUUCAUUUCGCAAGGCAACUCAAAACACUGGAACGCGCUAGUCAUCAACUCGCGACAGCAGGAACUGUCGCAGGUCCUUGAGCAUUUCCGCAUGAUCAGCCACGAAUGGGCGAAUAUGCCGGGACCUGAAAUAUUGCUAGUCUACGAAGUAAUAUCCAUGCUGGUGUUCAUGUCGCUGGAAGACAUGCAGCUCUUCGCAGGAAAAGAGGACAAGAAAGAAGCAAGGAGAGUCUACCACAGCGCCCUGGAAUGGAUCAACAGCGUCGACUCCCGGCGCGCAAUUUGGCACGCAGGCCAGGUCCUCCGAGCGGCCAAGGCCAUGCCACCAGGCGCACUGACGGGUUUCUUGGCCGUGGGGGUGUACUACGCUAGCUUGGCAUUCUGGUCCUAUAGUGUUGUGUCCAAGGCGCGUGAGUCCAAGAUCGCAGCCACCGCCGACGUGGCGAGUCCGAACUCGGACUCGAAUUUGGUCCUGCGAGACCGCUAUCCGAUGGUUUUCCUUGACGGCGACGAGACCAACGACGUGCACAAGUUCAUCUCCCUUGGCCGUGGCUGUCCGGCGCUGCAUGGGUUUGGAAUCCGUGGGCCUGCUGUUGUAGCCGACCCAGGACGAGUAAUGGAUGUGGCGCAGGGGCUUCUGCGGGCGGACGCUCCUCACGAUGCGUUGCCGACGUUGGUGCAGGGACUGUGCCAGUUAAUGAAUGAUUUGGGGAAUGCGGCGCGAUCGAGUGCAGAAGCAGCAGUCGGGAAUUGA